UCCAAACGCAAUGGAAGCUCAAAAUGCCACAUGACGUCACGUUUGGACUUUCCUCAGCGCUAGAAUGGCGUUUAGUUCACAAGUAUUUAGUUCGCAAGGACGUCACUUAUUACAGUGUGUAGUACUGAGCAGUACAACGUGCUGGGUUGAACAGCAUCAGCGUGUGAAAAUAAAAUAUAAUUAAUGGAAUCGGGCGGUGUUUUUAACUAUAGCCAUUUUAGUUUUUAACAUUUAACUUGACACUUGAAACAUCUGCUCAUCAGGUGAUCUCUAUUGAGCAUUUUGCUAUUAUUUUCAGUGACGUCGGAUCUUUUUUUUCCAAGGUCUAGGUAAUUUAUCUACGUGGGACACAGUACUAGCUGCCUUCAGUUUACCUGGAUGUGUGUAACUAAAUAAGAUCACUAUCGAAGCGGUGUAGCGUACUCCAGUCGACUGUUUUGUGUUGUCGCUGGAACAGCUAGGUAGAAGUGUCUCGACCGAGUCCUGUGCACUUAAAACACGCCAUAUCAUUUGCCGAAGAAAUGCCACAGUAUUUGUUCAGAUUGUGGUAGGGGGGUCUAGUCUGAACUUUAGUCUUCCUCCAAAAGCAAGUAUAUUUCCUCUUCCCCGUACACCCCCGGACCGGCCCCCGUUUACGGUUUAAAGGCGCACCGAAGUCGUCCGUUACAAACCCUCUGCCAAGUAGCCCAGCGCCGGGCUUCUUCAAUGCGGGCGGGCACAGCAAACUAGCCUACAACUUCAAACAAAUUUCAACUGGGAGCUCUAUUUCGGGUGCAAAAACACCGCUACCGCUGUGUGUUAAGUUGAAUAAUUACAAUUUUGAGAAUACUGCGCAUCCCAUAUAUUUAUUCAGCUGAGUUAUGGCACAUUCGUCGUAAAAUGUGAACUGCAUUAAUGUAUUUUGCAUUAUAGCACUGAGGGGGAGAGAGCCAUUUGAGAAGGAAAUCGGAUAUCUAAGAUAGCCCACCCGACCAGCUAGCGUCGCCAUACACACUGGGAGUGUCCCUUAAAAUCAAUUCAGCUCAUCAUGGCGCUGGAGCAGCGGUGCAGGGUCGCUCUUUCUUCUUCCAAAUCCUGAGUUUAUCUGAACAAUUCCGGUUUUAAACCACUGUACUGGGUCGGGGAUCCAUCGACCUGGAAACGCAGAGCUUUCCUUCGUGUUAAACGGAGGGCAAGCAGCGUUCACAAUUCACGGCUUUUCCUGAAACAAGGGGGGUUUGUGUGGAUGUUAUCCAGAGCACCAGCCAGCCUCGCGCAGUCUUUCUAAGUCCGGGAGAAAUUGUUUGGUGAGACGAGGAGGGGGUGAUCCAAGGGGCCCUACUUCGAGACGCAGGUACCAUGGCGAUAGAGGGGACAUGGACGUGACGUAAUGGAGGGCCACAGCUGCCGCCGAACGGGAGACUGAGCUGCCAGGCCGGCGUUGGGCCCCGGCUGUCGGGGCGCGGGAGGACGGAGAUGGACGAGGCGGCUCUGCUGGACCUGCUGGAGUGCCCCGUGUGUCUGGAGCGGCUGGACGCCUCGGCCAAGGUGUUGCCGUGCCAACACACCUUCUGCCGCCGGUGCCUGCAGGGCAUCGUGACGUCGAGGGCGGAGCUCCGGUGCCCAGAGUGCCGGAGCCUGGUGGAGGCGGGCGUGGACGAGUUGCCUAGCAACAUCCUGCUGGUGCGACUCCUGGACGGCAUCAAGCAGAGGCCGCGGCGCCCCGGGGGGGGCGGGGCUGCGGGGGGUGCGGCGGCUAACGGCACGACCGCCAUCGCCAGCAGGGGGCCUCGCGAGCAGGGCGUCCCAGGCCUGCCAUUACAGAGGGUCCAGGCCAAGAGCACUCUGGUUAGGGGUGUGCCCCAGCUGCCCUGUGCCAAGGCUCUGUACAACUAUGAUGGCAAAGAGCCCGGCGACCUCAAGUUCAGCAAAGGUGACAUCAUCAUCCUGCGGCGGCAGGUGGACGAGAACUGGUACCACGGGGAGCUGGGCGGGGUCCACGGCUUCUUCCCCACCAACUUCGUGCAGAUAAUCAAACCCCUGCCCCAGCCGCCGCCCCAGUGCAAGGCGCUAUACGACUUUGAGCUCAAGGACAAGGAGGCCGACAAGGACUGCCUCCCCUUCUCCAAGGACGAUAUUCUGACGGUAAUUCGCCGGGUUGAUGAGAACUGGGCAGAGGGCAUGCUGGGAGAUAAGAUCGGGAUCUUCCCCAUUUCCUAUGUGGAGUUUAACUGGGCAGCGCAGCAGCUGAUUGAGCAGGAUAAGGGCAGUGAGGGGGGUGAGGGGGCGGGUGAGGGGGCGUCGGGGAGCGGGAAGGCGGGGGAGGGGAAGAGGAACACUAAGAAGCGGCACUCCUUCACCUCCCUGAGCAUGUCGGGCAAGGCCUCGCUGGCCCCGCCCCAACGCCACAGCAUGGAGAUCAGCGGCCCCGUGCUGCUCAGCUCCAGCAACCCCACCGCUGCCGCGCGCAUCGGGGGCCUGAGUGGGGGCCUGUCCUGCAGCGCGCCAUCGCAGGUUCAUAUCUGCACAACUGGCCUCAUUGUGACUCCGCCUCCAAGCAGUCCUAUCACCACGGCAACGGUGUUCACAUUCCCACCAGAGAGCAGCUAUGGGGCAGUGCCAGUGGACGGGCUUCCUCCUCCCCCACCGCCUCCCCCACAAUCCUCUGCAAUCGGUGCUGCAUCCUCAUUGGCUCCUGGACAGAGACCCUCCCCCACUACCAGUGACCCUAGCGGGAGGCAGCGGCCCACUGUGUACGUGGCCAUGUUCCCGUACUGUCCGCGGAAGGAGGACGAGCUGGAGCUGAGGAAGGGGGAGAUGUUCCUGGUGCUGGAGCGCUGCCAGGACGGCUGGUUUAAGGGCACCUCCAUGCACACGGGCAAGAUCGGCGUCUUCCCCGGGAACUACAUGAGCCCCAUCAGCAGGACUGGGGCAGGAUGCGCACAGGCCAAGCUGCCGCUGCCCCUGGGGUCACAGGCGGGUCGCGGGGUCACCAUCCUCACCCCCUCCUCUCCUUUGGGAGUGCCUGUGGGAGGGGCCGACCCCAGUAAGCCCCUCCCCCCCUGCCCCCUGCCCACCGCUGUGGUCCCCGGCCAGCCUGCCAAGGUGCUUCUGCACAUGACCGGGCAGAUGACUGUGAACCAGGCACGCAACGCUGCCAGGACAGCGUCCUGUCUCAGUCAGGACCGUCCGACGGCGGCAGUCUUGCCCAUCCAGGCCCAGGGUCCAGCAGCGUACCUGCCUCACCUGCCAGUCCCCGCCCCCGGCCCCGUCCGCCCGGGCGUGGCUCUCUGCUCUGCCGCUGCCUCCCUGACCCCGCCCAAUGUCAGCGCUGCCUCUCUGGCCACUCCCAGUGCUGGCUCCGCCCCCCUGGAGGGUGAGACCACCAUGAGGCCUAUGGCUGUGCCCAUCGCCUCCGGCAACACCACUCCCAUCUCCCCUGGCAGCACCACUCCAAUCACCCCUGGCAACACCGUUCCCAUUGCCCCUGGCAGCUCCGCCCCUGCUGUCUGCCGCUUGGACAAGAAAGAGAAGAAAGGCUUGCUGAAGCUGCUGUCCACUAAGAAGAGGCCCCGCCCAUCCCCUCCCUCCUCCCCCACACUGGAGUCUGAGCAGGCUGCAGUCGCCGUGGCGAUUGGAGGGGAGGGGCUUCAGGGGGCUGUGGGGCCCGAGCUGCCCGCCCCCGUCACCGGGGGAAACCACAGCCGAACAGGGCCCUGCCCUGCAGAGGCAGACUCUUCCUCCUCCUCCUCCGCCCUGCCCUGUGCAGACCCCUCGUUCCGGAGGAGUGGCCUGCUGGACAUCGCUGUCCCCAUCGCCCCCCCACCCCGCCAGCCCUGCUCCUCCCUCCUCUCUCUGCAGCAGGACGCCCGGCCAAUCAUCUGUGAGAGGUACAGGGUGGUGGUGUCCUACCCCCCGCAGAGCGAGGCAGAGCUGGAACUGAAGGAGGGCGACAUCGUGUUUGUGCACAAGAAGAGAGAGGACGGCUGGUUUAAAGGGACACUGCAGAGAAACGGCAGGACCGGCCUGUUCCCUGGGAGCUUCGUACUGAGCAUAUAACACACUAACACACACCAUCACACACACUGUAACACACUCUGUAACACACACCAUCACACACACUGUAACACACUCUGUAACACACACCAUCACACACACUGUAACACACUCUGUAACACACACCGUCACACACACACUGUAACACACACCGUCACACACACACUGUAACACACACCGUCACACACACACUGUAACACACACACCAUCACACACACACUGUAACACACACACCGUCACACACACCCUGUAACACUCACCGUCACACACCCUGUAACACUCACCGUCACACACCCUGUAACACUCACCGUCACACACACACUGUAACACUCACCGUCACACACACCAUCACACACACUGUAACACACUCUAACACACACCAUCACACACACUGUAACACACUCUGUAACACUCACCGUCACACACACCGUCACACACACUGUAACACACACCGUCACACACACUGUAACACUCACUGUAACACACUGUAACACACACACUGUAAGACACACCGUCACACACUUGGACACACUCCCUAACACACACUGUAACACUCACUGUAACACACACCGUAACACACACACUGUAACACACACCGUCACACACACACUGUAACACUCACUGUAACACACACCGUAACACACUUAGACACACUCCCUAACACACACCCUGUAACACACACCGCAACACACACUCCGUAACACACUGUAACACACACCGUAACUCACUCCGUAACACAUACUGUAACACACACAUCAUACAAAGAGUGUGUUACAAUGUGUUAACACCAUACACACACUGUAACACUAUACACACACUAACACACUAUACACGCACCGUCAAGCACACACAUUGUUACACACUAUACACACACCGUAACACACAUACUGCAACACACUAUAUACACACACACACUACUAAUGCUAUGAAUAGACAGCAGAAUGGGGCGCAGUACAGUAGUUUUUCAUUUAAUUUCUUUUUUCAAAUAUUUUAUUUGAGGUCUGUAACAUUUGACGUGUUAAUUGUGUGCCUUUUAAUGUUUCCCACUUUACUGUAUAUAAGCAAAAUGCCUUCGAAGAAUCAAUGAGUCACAGAUCAAGCAAGACAAACUGUUUAUAGCAAUAGUGAUUUUUAUAAAUCUAACUUAUUUUCAUGUUUUGCCUUAGGUUUAAAAAAGGGUCAAUUUAGUUAAUAUAGUGAGAGCUGUAGGGCAUUGCUGCUUAACUCUGAUCCUUUAGGGCCACAGUGUCUGGAGGGCUACUCUACCCUGGUCCUGGGGGCCACAGUGUCUAUAGGGCUAAUCUACCCUGGUCCUGAGGGCCACAGUGUUUGUAGGGCUACUCUACUCUGGUCCUGGGGGCCACAGUGUCUAUAGGGCUACUCUACCCUGGUCCUGGGGGCCACAGUGUCUGCAGGGCUACUCUGCCCUGGUCCUGGGGGCCACAGUGUCUGCAGGGCUACUCUGCCCUGGUCCUGGGGGCCACAGUGUCUGCAGGGCUACUCUGCCCUGGUCCUGGGGGCCACAGUGUCUGCAGGGCUACUCUACCCUGGUCCUGGGGGCCACAGUGUCUGCAGGGCUACUCUACCCUGGUCCUGGGGGCCACAGUGCCUGCAGGGCUACUCUACCCUGGUCCUGGGGGCCACAGUGCCUGCAGGGCUACUCUACCCUGGUCCUGGGGGCCACAGUACCUGCAGGAGAAACGGAUCCUGCACAGCGCUUCAGUCUUCACCGACCCUGGAUCAGUCAGAGAGGCUGUAGCUGAUGCGGUUAGGGUUGGGAUCAGUCAGAGAGGCUGUAGCUGGUGUGGUUAGGGUUGGGAUCAGGUCCCAUGGCCGGUGGAGCAAAGCACUGUGGGAUGGCCUCGCUGUUAAUUUAUUAGGUGAACAGAUAGUGGUUUUAUUAUUUUUUUAAUCAAUGAAAGUACACUCCAUUAGAUCAAAGUUACUAAUACUCCUGUAUGUAUAAUUACCUAUGAAAUUGGUUGCUAGGUGGCCAAACCUGCAGCUGCUCAUUCAGUUCCACUCUCAUGGAGCAACACCUCUGUGCUCAGAGCAGUUCUAGCCCUUAAAGUAUAUAUAUAUUAAUAUAUUCAUAUUUAUGUUCUCAUGAUUUCUACAGAAGCAGUCGUUCUGACGGGACGGGAGUUUAAUCGGGUGUUUGAGGGGGGGGAUCCUGCUGAGCCUCCCCCUCCAGGGACGAGGGAUGGGGCCAAUCAGAGCGGCGCAGGGACGAGGGACGGGGCCAAUCACAGAGGCGCAGGGAUGAGGGGAAGGGCCAGUUAGAACGGUGCAGGGACGAGGGGCGGGGCCAAUCACAGAGGCGCAGGGACGAGGGGAGGGGCCAAUCAGAACGGUGCAGGGACGAGGGGCGGGGCCAAUCAGCGGCGCAGGGACGAGGGGCGGGGCCAAUCAGAGCGGCGCAGGGACGAGGGGCGGGGCCAAUCAGAGCGGCGCAGGGACGAGGGGCGGGGCCAAUCAGAGCGGCGCAGGGACGAGGGGUGGGGCCAAUCAGAACGCUCAUGUCCACAUGCUUCUCUUACAGCUUUUACGCGUCUCGUUUGUUUCUCGUUUUAAACUCUGAAACACAGGCUGUUUAUUUGUAUUUUUAUUCCUGUGUUAGUGUGGUGGUCGGUGGAUUCUGCUGUACACAGACUCAGUGAUUUGUGUCAUGUGACUGUUAAGUAGACUUGAAUAUGAUGACUGGUAGCUGGGUGACACUGGGUACCGUUUGUUUUUUAAUUGUUUAAAGCACAAUAAAUCCGAGGGGGGGCGGGGGGCAGCUGCCCCCCCACCUGUGAACUGACCAUUUGUAAAUUUAACUGAGCUGUUGGGCUGCUGGUCUGGGGUUGACAUUGACAGGUUUGCACCGUUAGACCUUGUGUUUGAGUUGAGAUUAUUAUUAUGUCAUUAAGUGGUUCACUCGGCAGACAGUUGAGUUGCCGCUUACUGCUUAAUUGAAAACACUGCCUGGAUAUUAAGUGCCAAACACUUGCUUUGAAAAGCCCAUCAUUAAUGGUUUGGGGGGUUCAGCUGGUUUUGGGUUUUUGCGUUUUGCUGUGGAUGUACCCCUCAGAUGUAAAGAUGUGUGUACUGGUGUGUGUUUCAGAAACAUGGGGAACCACUCUAUGGCUGAUGUAUGUGAUGAUGGUGUUUCCUGUUUUUGGGUGUGGGCUGGAAGGGGGGGGGGGGGUGUGGGGGGUGGGCUCCAGCAUGUGGUUUUUGUCCCUUGUCUUCGGGAGUGUGGGUGGUAACCAUGACGACCUUCCCCCAGGUUAAUGGCACAGGGUGCAUGCACUGUCUUUGGGUUGGUUACUGCUGUUGCUGUUUUCAACCUUUGACCACGCCCUGAUGCAGCUCUGCACAAUGCUGUCUGUCUGUCCGUGAGUCCCCCUGCCUCUUACCUGUAACCAUGGUUACUUUACACGCUACAUGUGAGGGUUGUCAAUUUACCUUUUAUUGCUGUCGAUGCCAGGCUGUAAAGCACAGGAUCACACGUGCACACACAACAGGCUGUAAAGCACAGGAUCACACGUGCACACUCAAUCGUGAUGUUCGCUGCUGGCUCAUUCUCUUAUUUUGGAAAAAAAACCUGCGUUUGUUUUAUUGUUCUGUAAUGCCCUGCCUUGGUAGAACACAAGGGGGCGCUAGUGUUCUCUUAACAUGUGCGCCUUUGCCAAGUCAACUUACUUGAUUUUUUAAAUUUCUUUAUUAUUCUUUUUACAUAGAUUUAAUAGAUGUUCUACAGUUAGCUCUGCUACGAAAAUGCUGGCAUCCUCUAGAUGUUUGACACAAUUUAUGUGCAAAACAUUGUAAAGCAUUGGAAGAGAUAGCACAUUUUGUAACAUUAAUGAUAAUUAUGAUAAUAAAAGCGAAUGGUUUCCA